AUGCUUCUGCUUACCCUGAAACAACACAGAAAGUCGAUUUCAAGGUUGCCAUCCCUGCUCAACUUCCAAGGAAGUUUUGCCUUGCACAGGUCUACCUACAGCAUCCCUGAUGCCAAAGCCCCACUGCCAGUCGCUCUGCUCCGGCUUGGGCUUGGGGUAAACCUUGACGCCUUUGAGUCAAGCAUUGCUUCAGCAACAACAGCCUCAAAAUUCUACAUUGUCUCGGACAAGGUAAUCCCUGAGUCAUACAACAGAAGUGACCAAUAG